AUGCCUUAUUCAUUUGAAUUUCUGGCCACCAGCUUUCUUCAUUAUUUGCAUCCUGCGUUUUACCUCCUAUCUGCCGGAUGCCGUCUGUACACGCUGUCACCACUGUUACGAUUCUCUUUUAACGCAGCAUCUAUCACCACUCAGUCCAUCGCACGCACGGAGCUUUUGGAUAAGCCAGACGAUGAAUUAUUCUUUGAUGCCAGAUCUAUUCAAACGGCUCAAUCGACCGAGUCACUGCAAAAUGUCGACCACUCAGAAACAUCGCCGCCUUACCUUAGUCUUCCACGCACCCAGGGUCUACAUGCAUCGAUUACCAGUUUAAGUAGUCUACAAAACACGGAAGAAUCCUCUUGUUCGGAGAGCAGUGUGGACGAUAUUGCAAAUAACGUCCAACCCUUCACAAACCUAACUUUGCCCGAGGUACCAUCGAACGAACUAUGCAGUCCAGUGCACGCUAUAGAGCACGAGGAACCCGCUGUUCGUUCCACUGAACCUUCCUGCCAAAUAACUCGGAAGCGACGCACCUCCGUCAAACCCUCCCCAAAGAUUGCCCUUAAUUUGUGGAGCGUUCUCAAAAAUGCCAUCGGGAAGGAUAUUACCAAGAUCCCUCUACCUGUGAACUUCAAUGAACCCAUUUCCUUCCUCCAACGUGCCAGUGAGGAUCUUACCUACUCCUACUUGUUAGAUCGAGCCAGUCAGACACAUGAUCCAGCGGAGCAAAUGGCUCUGGUUGCAGCGUUCUCCGUCAGUUGCUAUGCCACCACUGCGAUUCGAACUGGCAAACCUUUCAAUCCUCUCCUGGGUGAAACGUUUGAAUUCGAUCGUUCGGACGAUGAAUAUGGUUGGCGACUGAUCACUGAACAGGUCAGCCACCAUCCACCAGGAUCAGCACUUCACUGUGAGUCCGUCCGAUAUGGUUGGAAAAUUUGGGUGGAGUUCGUUCUGGUGAGCAAGUUUCGUGGCAAAUACAUGUCCGUAUUUCCGAAGGGUACAGUGAACCUCAGUUUGCCAGACGGAUCUCGUUAUACGUGGAUCAAAGCGUGCACUGUGGUCCACAAUCUGAUCGUUGGCACCCUAUGGAUUGACAAUUAUGGCGACGUGCUCAUUCAAAACCAUACGAACAAUUAUCAAUGCCCAAUACGCUUUAUCGCGCAUUCAUAUUUCAGCAAGGGACCCCCAAAACAGGUGACGGGAACAGUCAAGACUCCAUCUGGCACAGCAGUGCGAAUUAUCCAAGGCUCUUGGGACAGCUACAUCGAGAGUGUACAGGUUUCUGCAGACGGAUCUCCGACUGGAGACCCAAUAUUAUUGUGGCGUGUCCAACCGCUUCCCGCGGGAUCAGAAGAUAUGUAUCACUUCUCCCUGUUCACGAUGGAACUAAAUGAGCCGGAGGAUGGUGUAGCUCCCACGGAUUCGCGAUUGCGACCAGAUCAACGAUAUAUGGAAGACGGAGAUUGGGACAAAGCUAAUGAAGAAAAGAGGCGAUUGGAGCAAAAGCAGAGAGCGAAACGACAUCGCUGGGAGCAAAGGCAAGCAGAAGGUAUCUACCCAUCGGAACCGCUGUUUACCCCGGUUUGGUUCGGACCUGCAACCGACCCGGUGACAAAGGAAACCUCCCAUGUAUACUUGAACAACUACUGGCAAGCUAAGUCUCACCAAGAUUGGGUGGCCUGUCCGGACAUAUUCUAACUCGUCCUCUCAGUACUUUGAUGAAUACAAAGUAGCUGCCUUUUACAGAGUGUGUUGCAAUCCAUCCAGUUUUGUUCACUGCAAAUUUUUCAACUUUGAUCCCAUGUUUACGUUUCGUGUUCACCCAGCCUUAUUUCUUACCCCCCAUCCAUGAGAAUUCUGUCCCUUUUAACCUUCUUGCAGAUGUCUUAUCUACUUUCUUCGCAUUGUGCAAUUUUCGGUUCCAGCUGCCCCGGUCUUUUCUCCAUGUUUGGCCAAUUCUCUUUGCUGCAGAAUGAUGCAGGCCACAUGCUGCAUUCGUGGGCCCCUAUUUCCCGUUCCUUGUUGCUUUUAAUGAAAUGCGGUUCUUACAUUUGUAAACUAGUGGCACCAACCACUUUGUUUCCGAAAUUUAUUUACGCUUCUGCUUCAUACCGACUUUCAUUGAGAGCGGUCGCCACGUACUCGCAAGUUAUCAUCAAAUCUGUGAUCUGCUUCUGAUGGGGCCACUCUUUAUUACUUUUAAUUUGUUUUCCAUCAUAGUUCAUAAAUGGUUCUUUUCUACUGCUCAUUGCUUUCAGUUGACCCCCACCCCAUAUCGUGAGAUUUUUUUAGCAAAUUCUACUCUAUUUUGCUGGUUCUCCUUCGAAUUCUUACAAUGUACAAAAUGCCGAUUAUCACAUACAUAUCGGUGCAUACGCACCUAAGCGAGAGCCGCGAACUUUCACCCUUUGUAGCUGUGGGAUGUUUUAUUCGAUCAGUUGUUGUGGAUCUAUCCG